AUGGUUUUAGUUCAAGAUUUGUUGCACCCAACCCCAGCCUCCGAGGCCAAGAAGCACAAGUUGAAGACCCUUGUCCAGGGCCCAAGAUCCUACUUCUUGGAUGUCAAAUGCCCAGGCUGCUUGAACAUCACCACUGUGUUCUCUCACGCCCAAACCGCUGUCACUUGCGAGUCUUGUGCCACCGUUUUGUGCACCCCAACCGGUGGUAAGGCCAAGUUGUCUGAGGGUACUUCUUUCAGAAGAAAGUAA